GUUGGCUCCAGACAAAUAAACAUGGAGUCCAUCUUCCACGAGAAACAAGAAAGCUCACUCUGUGCUCAGCAUUGCUUGAAUAAUCUAUUGCAAGGAGAAUAUUUUAGCCCUGUGGAAUUAUCUUCAAUUGCACAGCAACUGGAUGAAGAAGAGAGAAUGCGGAUGGCAGAAGGAGGCAUUACUAAUGAAGACAACCGCACGUUUUUACAGCAGCCUUCUGAAAAUAUGGAUGACAGUGAAUUUUUUUCUAUUCAAGUUAUAAGCAAUGCCUUGAAAGUUUGGGGUUUAUAACUUAUCCUAUUCAACAGUCCAGAGUAUCAGAGGCUCAGGAUUAAUCCAAUAAAUGAAAAGUCACUUAUAUGCAAUUAUAAAGAGCACUGGUUUACAGUUAGAAAGUUAGGAAAACAGUGGUUCAACUUGAAUUCUCUCUUGACGGGUCCAGAACUAAUAUCAGAUACAUACCUUAAACUUUUCUUGGCUCAGUUACAACAGAAAGGUUAUUCUAUAUUUGUUGUUAAGGGUGAUCUGUCAGACUGUGAAGCUGACCAACUUCUACAGAUGGUCAGGGUCCAGCAGAUGCAGAGACCAAAAUUGAUUGGAGAAAAAUUAGCACAGAUGAAGGAACAGAGAUUACAGAAGACUGAUCUUGAGCGAGUCUCAGAAAAUAAUGAAGAUUCAGUGGCAGAUGAAGAGGAGGAAGAUCUGCAGAAGGCUCUAGCACUAAGUCGCCAAGAGAUUGACCUGGAAGAUGAAGAAGCAGAUUUCCGCAGGGCUAUUCAGCUCAGCAUGCAAGGUAGUUCUAGAAAUCUACGCCAAGAUGUUCCACACACUUUAGGACCACAUCUCACUUCAGAAGAGCUACAGAAAAGAAGAGAAGCCUACUUUGAAAAGCAGCCGCAACAUCAGCAGCAGGACCUUACCAGGCAACAAGUUCACCCUUGUGAAAGGCCGACCACCAACUCCGAUGCCGUUGGCAGUGAUCUAGUUGAUUCUAUGAAUGAAAAAGAUAUGCUUCAGGCAGCUGUGACUAUGUCUUUAGAAACUGUGAGAAAUAAUUCAAAACAGAAGAAGAAGAAGAAUACCUUUCAAAAUCUUAUUAGAUAUUCAUACUUUCCAACAUUCUCCUGUGUGACUGUUGCAACGGGUCCAUUUUGGUAAUGUGUCAAGGGAACAGUGUCAACAGAGGAAAUAAGACUGUUGGUUUGCAAACAAAUAUGACAAAAGCGAAAAGUACAUCAGUUAUAGGAUGAACAAAUGAUCCUCCAAAUACUAGCCAAAGAGACAUUCAGCAAUUAAAAACAUUGAAAAUUAAAAAAAAAA